AAUGUAGAGAGACAUCUCUUUCUCUCUCUCUCUCUCUCUCUGAAGUACAGCAACUAGACGGGGACUUGAAAGUGGUGGUAGGGAGCAAAGGGAGUGAGAGCAAGUAUUUGGAACCCAUCUUUAGCGCAUAUCAUAUUACCCAUGUAAAGAGUGAGUGAGAGAGAGAGAGAGAGAUUGCUUUCUUCAUAAAGCACCACAUUUCUCCUCCGCCCGUCAUCUCUCCAUCAUUUCUAAUGUAAAUUCAUUCUCUCCUCUCCUCUUUGUUCUGCUUCACCGCACUGUGUUUGGGAGCUGAGAAAGAAGAAGAUGCCUCGGCCUGGACCUAGACCUUACGAGUGUGUGAGGAGGGCGUGGCAUAGCGAUAUUCACAAGCCCAUCAGAGGCUCGAUCAUUCAUCGGAUUUUGAGAUUUGUGUAUGAGAGGCACAGCACUGCUACUAAGAAGAACAGGGAAUGGCAGGUGAAGCUUCCAAUUGUGGUGUUGAGGGCGGAGGAAAUUAUGUACUCCAAAGCCAAUUCUGAGGCGGAGUAUGCUGAUCCUGACACACUCUGGGAUAGGGUUAAUGAUGCCAUUAGUACAAUAAUUCGGAGUGAUGAAAGCUCAGAGACUGGGCAGCAUUUGCCUCCUUGCGUUGAAGCUGCUCUUAACCUGGGCUGUGUUGCUGAAAAACCCACUAGGAGCCAGAGGAACAAUAAUCCAAGAAACUACCUUAGCCCAAGACCUCAGCAUCCUGUCCCUCCCACACAUUUUAGUGGCAGUUCCAAUGAGCAUAACUCUAACUUAAUGUCUCCCCAGUUUGUGAGCCAACCAACAUUUGGGAGACCUGAAUGUGGGAACAUUAACAAACCUAAUGCUUCAUUGGCUGCAUUUAGCCAGAUUGUUCAAGUUCAAGCAGAAAGUAAUGCAUCUUUGAACUUGGGUUCUGUAUUUCCCUUGUACUAUGGCACCAACUUCCAGCCUGAAGUUGCCCAGUUGGGCUUCCAGGAACUGCAAAGCAAUGUGAUUGUUGGCAGGCCUGUUUAUCCAUCAAAUGCAGAGCCUGCACAAAUCGACCGCUUUCCAAGCUUAUUCCACUCCAGUCUUGAUGAAGAUGCAGCAUCAGAUCUAAGGGGGAGAUCUCAGGUGGAGUGUGAUUUAUCGCUGAGGUUAGGUAUGUCUUCAGACCAUGGCCAUGCCCCGCUUUGUGGAAAGGCUUCGGCUAGCAGUUGCCAUAAGGUGAUGCCUCAUGAUGAUUCUCGAGCAAGAGGAAAGUUCAGUGGUAAACCUACCAUCCAAGGCAGGGAGGCUUGCUUCCUCGGGGCUGAACCUGCCACUCAUCUCUCUGUAAUGCAUGAGAGUUGGCGAAACAGGGAGGGUAAAGUUCAGAAAGUAGAAUCCUUUCUUAGGAAGCGAAAGAUGCCCUUUCGUGAAAAUGGAGAUGAUGGGCAAAUUUUCUGGUAAGAUGGAUCCAACUUUCUGCCAUUUCAUUUGGCCAAAUGAGAAGGCCAGGUCUGUAAACAAUGGCAUUUUGUUGUAUUAUAAAAUUUUUGAGGGGAAAAAAAAAAAAGAGAAAAAUGUCUGUGCUCUUUGCUGCUUCUCUUCCUAACCCAUCUAUGGUAUCUGCUUUCUGUGCAUUUUCUAAAA